AUCAUUCAGAAGCUGGAGAGCCUUUGCUGAACAGCCGACAGCCAGCCCAUUCGCAGUCGGUCAUGACUCGCUCAGAAGAGGACCUCGACAUGAGGAGAGACGAUGAGAUGGAGGUAGACGAUGCAGAUGAUCCGAACGUCAAGAGGAAAGGCAGGGGCUUCAACAUCCGAGGAGGAGCCGAUGUGCAGAUGGACGGGGUCAAGGCAAAGACCUUUGACAGGCUCGAUGGCGAAGAGGACGGCGGGGCAAAAGCUGCUCGAUCGGUGGAAGGCUGGAUCCUCAUCGUGACCAAUAUCCACGAAGAAGCCACCGAGGAGGACGUCCUGGACAAGUUUGCAGACUUUGGCGAGGUCAAGAAUUGCCACUUGAACUUGGACAGGCGGACAGGAUAUGUAAAGGGCUACGCGCUCCUGGAAUUCCCCUCUCAUUCUGAAGCCAAGGAAGCCAUCGAGGCAUGUCAGGACGGCGCAGUGACCCUCAUGGAGCAGCAGCUCUCUGCUGAUUUCGCCUUUGUCAGGCCGCCGCCGAGUGGACCUGCUGCUGGGGGCCAACGUAGAGGAGGAGGAGGAGGCGGAAGGAGGGAUAGAGAUAGGGAUGUCAGAGAGAGAAGUCCGGGGAGGAGGUGAGGUCUCAAACAUAUUACAGACGACGAGAACAGGUGUAUACAUAGCGCUGCUGAUUUGAUACCAGCAGAACAUCAUCUACCCAAAGAGUGAAUACAGGUACUGUUC